UUCCCGGAAUCGUUGUUCCUCUUGUGACUGUUGAAAAACAAGCAGCUUUGUUUAGUUUGUGUCUUGCCGGGAGAAGCGUUAUGUUUAUUCGCUUGAUUAGAAUUAAGAAGAUCAGGUUUCGGUUUUUAGUGUCUGACAGCGAUGAUAACUGACGCCCUUCUUGUUUAUUUUUUAGUUUAGUUUUCUGUCAAUGGAUUACAUAUUAAAGUUGUCUAUUUUAAGCCAAAAUUUCCCAGUAUUCUGUAAUUUUUUUGAUUUAAGGAACAGAAGCUUAAAAUUAACGUGUUAACUUUAGUUUUGUAUUUCACUAACGCAUAUGGAUAAAACUCACAGUUGGGUGAUGCAGUAUAGUUUAGUUUUUUAUGAUUUUACAAAAUACAAAGUUUUUUAGUUUUAAAAAAAAUCUAUUUUGUGCAUAUCUAGGUAGAUGACAUGACAAAACGCACACAAAUCCUGCUAUUCGGUUGGCAUGAAAUAGUAAAUAUUAAAGAAAUUAACUAAUAUUUUAACCAGGAUUCUCUGAAGCAUUCAGGUUUGUGUUUUGUUGCUGCCAAAAUUAUCCUUAUGAUGUCAUCAGAAGUAAUAAGGUUAUUUUAGAUAAGUUAGAUUUUAUCAUGAUGAACUAAUGACUUAUAGCAAAAUAGAAAAAUAAAGCUAAAAACUGACAAUUUAAUGUUGUUCUUUUAGGUGACCUGAAGUGAGUUGGUUGAUUUUUACAGACAAAUCUGAAGUGAAUCUUUAAUCCUGUGGCAUAUUAAAAAACAUCACAUCAGGUUCCUCUGGGCCUUUACAGCGUCAUGACUUUAAAUUACAGACCAGAUAACCAAAUGUUUCCAAGUCAGAGCUUUAUUUUGCUGCGUCCUCCAUGUUUCCUCUUAUUGUUGCUAAUUUGUCCUUUUCGCAUGAAGUUAAUCUGAAUCUCAAAGACAGAGAUUCAGUAACGCAUUGAUUGUUCCUGACAGGAAUCCUCGUGAUGCCUUGCUCUCAUACUUGCUUUAGUCACAUGAAAAAUGAUAAAUAUAUGUUUUAUCUCCGCUUUCAUCUGAUAGUGAAUUAAACACAAACAGUUUCUUUAGAUAAGUUUAUUAAAAUAUAAAUUGCUACACUUUAAUGACUCUGAUUCCAAGAAGUUGGACCUUUUUCUAAUCUUUCAAAGUUGUCUUGGUCAGCAGUUUUUCAAGGUUUUUGGAUAUUUUUGGAAAUUUCUGCUUAUUUUUUCCCUAGUAAUUGUGUUAAUGUUUUUUCAGUAAACUAUGAGUUUUGCCAGUAGCUCCUCCUGAAGAACUUGUUAUGUUCUUCCACAAUUUAAUUGUUUGUCCAAAGGUUUUCCAGCAAACCAACAUAACUUUUCUUCAGCAGUGGAGCAGUAAAGUCCAUUGCAGUUGAGUUCAGCACAUGUUGUUUUUCAUAAAUAAAACUUCUCGCAGGUAAAUCUGUCUUUCUGAAGCUCUCUGUGAGGAUUUCUUAACUUCUCUGCUUCUUUUGUAAAUCCUUCCUGCUUCUUAUUUCCUUGAUAAAUAACAGUGAGGAACAUGUUGUACUUUUUACUCUUGAGGUUUAAUUUGAAUUAUUUCACAAACUCAGAAACACCUGAUCACUUUUCCCUGAUGUGUAAAAAAAAGCAAAUAAAGAGGAUGUACUUUCUUUCUUUACCAUGACUUUAUCUACUUCCUGUUUCUCUCUCAGACAUUUCAAUAGUUCCUAAUUAAAGCAAAGUUUAAUUAGGAACUUCCUCAAAGUCGCGGCGCUUUGUAACAGUAAAGUUAAACUAAAUGUCAGGCUGUUGUCAAGGUGAUUCUGACCCAGAUUAUUUGUUUAAUUUGCAGUAGAUUUUGCAUAAAUGCUGAAAAAUGGGCAGAAAGCAGAUAGUUUUUGUUUAUGUUGCAGUUGCACAUAAUGAGACUUUAGAAGUGAAACAGGCCCACAGCAUCACCCAACCUCCACUGUGCUUAUCAUCGACUCACCUGGAGGUUUUGUUGUUGGAAAGUUUAGUCUGAUUCAGGUGAAAUCCCCGGAGAGUUGAGCAAACUUCACAUGUUUGUGACAGAAGAGUACCAGUAGUAAGUAUCUCAGAUGACAACUGAUGGUUGAUUUGGAGACUUGGUGGCUAAGCCUCUCUCAAUAAUCAAUUAAUCUUAUGAUAAAUCAAGAUCAGCUGAUUAUUAAUAUUUUUUCAAAGAGCAGUUUUGUUUAGAGAAACUUCAUAAUCCAUUUUAUUUAUAUUUUUGGUUGUGUGUGUUUUUAGUUUCUGUUUUAUUUACUGUUUUUUGUUGUUUUAUUUUAUUAAAAAUAUCUUCCUGUUCCAGUGUAAAGUCUUCCUUAUAAUAUGAAAGUUUAUUAACCUUUGAAAGGGCAAACCUGCAUUAUUAUGCCCUUGUCAAUAUAUUACUUAAAAUGGUCUCAAAAUAACUAUUUUUUGGACAGUUUGUUAUUGUCACAGGCCUGUUGGUGACUCCAGGACUUCAUAUUUUGAUGCAGUGAUGUUUGGAGAUGUUUUUGUGUGUGGUGAAGAUACAUUUUGCUCCUCGUUCUGCUUCGUUUGUCUCAGUUUAGACCAGUAGCUAUUAUUUUUAAAUUUUUCCCUUACUGAAUAAAAUUAAAAGUUGCAUUUUUCAGUGAUGAUGAGCUACUGGAUUAAAGCUAGGUUUGUCUUAAAAGCUUUUUACAUAUCAAGGGUUAAUUCAUGACUGAGAAAAUGUCUGCAGAUUUUUCUACGUUCUGCUGAAAAUGCAGGUUUUGAAAGCAGACUGCUGUUAAACUGUGAGCUGAGUUUCACUGGAUGCCACCUGUUGUCCAUCAGAACUGCUCUGCUGAAGCUAAACAUGUUCAGAUUACUGAAACAGGAAGUGGUACUGGGAACAUUUCUGCAGAAUUUCAACAACAAUCCCGAUCAGCUGAAACUCCGUCACGCGUUCAUCUCGCUUCCUCUCUGCUUUGUUGACGUUUUAAUGUUUCCAGCUCAUCAUGGCUCAGUAGCAGCGACCCACCGACCGAUCCAGUCCGCGUCAGACGCCUGCCAUGCCGCUGCCCAAUGGCCGCUCCAUCAACACCGAGGACAGCGGAGACACCGAGGUUCUCCUGGGGAAGGACGCCGUUCCCCCUCGGUGCUGCUCGGCCCGUCUCAGCCUCGCCGUCCUCAUGUUCCUGGGGAUCUCCGUGGUCUACGGUCUCCGGGUCAACCUCAGCGUCGCCAUGGUCGCCAUGGUGAACGCCACGGACCCGGCCGGAACCAGGAACACCACGGCGGACCCGGCGUGUCCGCUGCCGUCGGGACCAGAAAACAGCAGCAGAACCCUGCAGCAGCCGGACGGGACCCCCCAGUAUCACUGGGACUCAGAGACUCAAGGCUGGCUGCUGGGCGCCUUCUUCUUCGGGUACCUGUGCACUCAGAUCCCGGGUGGCUACCUGGCCGGUCACUACGGCGGGAAGGUCUUCCUGGGUGUGGGCGUGUUCGGCACGGCUGUCCUCACCGUCCUCACGCCGCUGGCUGCUGGGUGGGGGUCGCGCUGGCUGUUCGCUCUGCGGGCCCUGGAGGGCUUCGGAGAGGGCGUGACGUUCCCAGCCAUGAUGGCGAUGUGGACCCGGUGGGCUCCGCCUCUCGAGCGCUCCUUCCUGAUCUCCCUGUCGGGUUCUGGGGGAAGCUUCGGCGCCUGCCUGGCGCUGCCGCUCACCGGUUACAUCUGUGAACAGCUGGGCUGGCCCGCUGUGUUCUACCUCUGCGGAGGCGCCGGGUGCCUCUGGUUCGUUUUCUGGUGCAUUCUCGUGUCCGACGACCCUCGAACUCACCGUCGGAUCAGCGAACAGGAGAGAGAUUACAUAAUAAACUCUAUUGGAGCUCAGGGCAAAGGUCACGGCUGGUCGCUGCCUCUUGUGUCCAUGGGGCUUUCCGUCCCGCUGUGGGCCAUCAUCGUCACCCAGAUGUGCUCCAACUGGUCCUUCUACACGCUGCUCACCUCCCUGCCCACCUACAUGAACGACAUCCUGCACUUUGACCUGCAGUCGAACGGCUUCCUGUCGGCGCUGCCGUACUUCUGCAGCGUUCCGGUCUCACUGCUGUCCGGCGUGGCUGCUGAUUGGCUCAUCAUGAGGCAGGUGUUCAGCAUCACCAACGUGCGCAAGAUCUUCACCUUUACAGGCCUGGUGCUGCCGGCGCUCUUCCUCAUCGCCGUCUGCUACGCCGGAUGCAGCCACAUCCUCACCGUCACCUUCCUCACGCUCUCCACCAGCUUAGGAGGGACCAGCUCCGCCGGAGUCUACGUCAACCAGAUCGACAUCGCUCCCCGGUACGCCGGAUUCCUCCUGGGAAUCACCAACACGUUCGGGACGAUCCCGGGCGUCGUGGCGCCGAUCGUGACGGGAUACUUUACAGAAGAUCACACCAUGGCAGGCUGGAGGACGGUGUUCUGGGUCGCUGCUGGGAUCAACAUCGGCGGCGCCGUCAUUUACAUGAUAUUUGGCAGCGGGAAGAUCCAGGCGUGGGCCGUCGAGGAGGAAGAGGAGGAUGAGGAGGAUGAGGAGAGGGCGGUAGGUCCAAGCUGAAGAAAAACCAAAGAGAAGCAGCGAAGCUCAACCUGGUGAAGGAUUCAGGGCAAUUAAUCCACAGACUGACCUCAACGCACAGUUUUCACUUCUUUUGCAACAUUUUCUUCUUGUGGGACGUUUACAUCGCUUUAAAAACGCUUUAAUUCACCGCUGAUUUCUUACUUUCUUGCCUUCUAAUGAUUCAUAUUUUCCUGUAAUCAUUGAAGGUGGUCUUGCUCAGUAUUUUGAAGGUUUAUUUUUGGACUUUGGCUGAUUUUUCACUCCGUAUCAGUUGAGUUCC